AGCAAAUUUUCCCACUGUCAGUCAAGCGCGAGGUCGCUUCCUGUUGCUGCAAACCAAACUUGUUGACGGCCGUGUCAGAAUUCCCAUCCCCCCAUGGCGCUCCCGUCCCUCCUCUCCCACUCCAGGACACGCCCCUCCGUCCUCCGGGAACCUCUCCGGCAGGGGGGGCUCCGCGCCCUGCUCGCCCCGUGGGAUCCCCCGCCCGUUCAUCCGCACGACCGCGCCGCCGAACACGCCUGCACGCCACCUUCCACCGAGUCAUCCUCUCCUGGUCACCACCGCCCUCCUCCUCUCAACUGGAUCCGCGUCGGGGGCCGGACGGUCUCGUCUGGUGCUGGUACGUCCCUCACUCAAUAUGGAUCGACAAACCAUACUCUGACUUCUCAUAGAAGAUCCUAUUGGACCCUGUGUCCACAACAUCCCUCUUCCGGGCCUCCAGCUAGGAUAGCAACAAAAGAAGCACAACAUAGGGUGAAAGAUCCGCUUGAAGUUCAACGACGUACUUUUGGUUCUGCGGCAGAACCCAUCCAGAGGAACCCAGACUUUUCAGUGCUAAAUUCUGAUGAUGUUUCUUUCUUCAAGAGCAUAUUGGGUGACAAUGGAGUCGUUCAAGAUAAGGACAGGGUGGCUGUUGCGAAUGUCGAUUGGAUGGGUAAAUACAAGGGUGCAAGCCAGCUUCUGCUUUUACCAAAAAGUACUAAUGAGGUUUCUAAGGUUCUUGCUUACUGCGACUCGAGACGAUUGGCGGUAGUUCCUCAGGGUGGAAAUACAGGCCUCGUUGGUGGCAGUGUACCGGUUCAUGAUGAGGUGAUUGUCAACCUUGGUGGUAUGGACAAAAUAAUCUCGUUUGACAAUGUAAAUGGUAUUCUUACUUGUGAAGCUGGUUGUGUGUUGGAGAACUUAAGUACCUUUGUGGAAAAUGAAGGAUUUAUUAUGCCUCUUGACUUGGGGGCAAAAGGUAGUUGCCAGAUAGGAGGGAACAUUUCAACUAAUGCUGGUGGCCUACGUUUCAUUCGCUAUGGCUCACUUCACGGAAAUGUACUUGGUCUUGAAGUUGUCCUAGCCAAUGGAACUGUCCUUGACAUGCUUACUACUUUAAGGAAAGACAACACUGGAUACGAUCUGAAGCACUUAUUUGUUGGAAGUGAAGGCUCACUAGGAAUAGUCACUAAAGUGUCAAUACUUACACCUGCAAAGCUACCUUCAACUAAUGUUGCAUUUCUUUCCUGCAAUGACUACAUGAGCUGCCAGAAAUUGCUACUGGCAGCUAGGAGGAGCUUGGGUGAGAUUAUUUCUGCAUUUGAGUUUAUGGAUCGUCAGUGUAUUGAUCUGGCUAUGACGCAUUUGGAAGGAGUUCAUAAUCCUUUACCCCUCUCGCCGUACAAAUUUUAUGUUCUAAUUGAGACCACAGGAAGUGAUGAAUCAUAUGACAAAGCAAAACUUGAAGCUUUUUUGUUGCGCUCAAUGGAAGAUGGCCUUGUAGCUGAUGGAGUUAUAGCACAGGAUAUUAGCCAAGCAUCUAAUUUUUGGAGGAUCCGCGAGGGUAUAUCAGAGGCAUCUGUAAAAGUUGGUGCAGUUUACAAGUAUGACUUGUCCAUACCUGUAGAGAAACUAUAUGAUAUUGUUGAGGAAAUGCGCAGCCGUGUUGGUGAUAUGGCAGAGGUAUUGGGUUAUGGCCACCUUGGUGACGGGAAUCUCCAUCUAAACAUCUUAUCAAGCAAGUACAGUGACGAUAUUCUGGCACAAAUUGAACCAUUUGUCUAUGAGUGGACUGCUGGCCACAGAGGAAGCAUCAGCGCAGAGCACGGAUUGGGGCUAAUGAAAGCUGAGAAGAUUCACUACAGCAAGUCACCAGAAGCAGUGCAGCUAAUGGCUUCCAUCAAGAAGUUACUGGACCCUAACUCAAUUCUAAACCCAUACAAGGUUCUACCUCAGUCUGCAUUGUCACUGGAGCAGCAGGGUAGCUGAUUGAGCUUGUUGCCUACCCAAAUCAACUUCAGAGAACAGGUGGUGUUAACUUGGAUGGAAGAGAUGCGUCUGUACCCAAUAAAAUUCCAGUUGUUGUCAGCGUCUGGUGUAUUGUAAACAAUUAUUCAGAUGGACAUCAAACUAGGGAAAAUAAUAAUCAAUUAAGGCCAUGUACAACUCAGGUGCUUACAUGGGCACCUCAGAGAAUAAGAACCUUUUUUGGCUAGAUCAGUUUACACAGGUGGUUGCUUAGCCUCCCCUCCCCCCUCCCCACAAAGGCGUGACCCCCUUUCUCUCACCGUAUAAUCACCCUGCAUCGUAAGGCUGGACUUGCUUGAAGUUGUAUUUGUACAAAUAGCGGUUCCGUUCGCGGCGGCAUGCUGUGCUUUGCUCAUAAGGUUUUCUGUAAUUUUAUAUAUUGUAUGAAUUUUUAUAUAUUUUGUUUAGUUA